CCAUCUCUGUGUAUCUUCACCCGAGUUUUUUUUCUUUUUUUUCUUUCUUUUUUUUUUGGGACGACGGGUGAGGGGUGAUAUGCACGUGAUCCGAUGUCGGCCUGCGGCUGAACUACAGCCCGGGCCACGCUCGCUUACCUCAUCGGCGAUUCAUCACCAGUCGAUUGAUCUCAACACGCAACUGCUACACCACUAUGAGCUUCUCAUCUCAUGCCUCCUCGGCCAUUUCCUUUUCCCUUCCGAGUGGGCACCGAUAUUUGCAACAUCUCCCGCAUUCGUAAAAUCAUCGCGCCCACUGACCUGCGAACAACCACCCGUUUGGAGCGCUUCCUUCCCAAGCUAUUGACAUGGCCUGAACGACAAUACUUUUGGAAUCGCUUCGGGACUGAGCCCUCACCUAAACAUGCUGACGCCAUAGCACAAUUUCUCGCUGGCAGAUGGGCCGCGAAAGAAGCUUGUCGUAAGGCCUGCGAGCACCUAGGGACCUCGAAUGGUUUCCAUUCAAUUAUGAUUCUCCCAGUCUCGACGGAAACCGGUCUGCACAGUGGAGCUACGUCGCGUCCUCAAGGCUUGAUACUACGCGACCGGUUAGCCGACCCACCCGUCUUUAGCUCCAAAGCCUCCCAUCCUCGAGAAGCGUUGCGCCGUGCAGAAUUUAUUCUUGAAUCGAUAGACGGACAAUUCUGCGAAAUAAGCAUCAGCCAUGAUACCGAUUGGGCCGUUGCUUCGGCCAUUGCUCCGACGUUGGACACCUAA